GUAUUGGCAGUGAAUAUCGAAUACGCAGUCUUGGUACUAUAAAUGCUUCAAAGUGUCUUAUAAUUGGUCAAUCGGUAGAAUUCUUUGUUCUGAUUGAUCAAUCAAAUGCUUCGAAACAUUGUAGCGUUAAAUGGACUGAAUAUCUGAAUUUGUUCAAUAAUGCUGCCAAUACAAAAACAUAAAACAUAACAGCAAAAGCAUAAAACACAACACAUCUUUUAACAUCACAUGGGAAUGUCGAGCUUUUGUUUACUAUUGAUAAUUUGACAAUUCUCGUGAAAUUUGAUAAAGUUUUCAGAAAUAUGGAAAAUAAUUCGCUUAAGGAACAACCCAUAGAAAACACAGAUGUCAAUCAAGACGAGUUGAUACUCCAACAACAAAGACGUAUCGAGAAGGAGAUUUCAGAAUCUAUAGCAUUAGUUGGUGAAAAAGAACCACUAAAGAGCUUAGAAGAAGAAUAUGUGAAAGAUGAUGUAUAUCUUUCAAAAGCAAAAACUUUGGCUGAGAAAUAUUCUUAUAUUAGAAGAACUAGACCUGAUGGUAAUUGUUUCUUCAGAGCAUUUAGUUAUGCUUAUUUAGAAAAAUUAAUUGGGAAUAAAGAAGAAUAUAAUAAGUUUCGAGAUCUAGCUUUAAAAAGCAAAGAUAGCCUUGUGGCUUUAGGUUUUCCACAAUUUACAGUUGAAGAUUUUCAUGAUACGUUUAUGGAAGUCAUAGAUAAAGUAGGCGGUGACACAGAAUCCAGUCAUAUGGAACUACAUAAAUUGUUUAAUGAACAAGGUUAUUCCGAUUAUGUUGUUGUAUAUCUUAGAUUAAUUACAUCUGGCCAGUUACAACGCGAUGCUGACUUCUAUCAACAUUUUAUUGAAGGAGAACGCACCAUCUCGGAAUUCUGCCAUCAGGAAGUUGAACCAAUGUAUAAGGAAUCUGAUCAUAUUCACAUCAUAGCAAUGAGUAGUGCCCUAGGAACUGGUGUUAGAGUUCGUUACAUGGAUAGAGGCGCAGGAACUGAAGUAACUGCCCAUGAUUUUCCUGAAGGUGCUAUACCAGCUGUGCACUUGUUAUAUCGUCCUGGUCACUAUGAUAUUCUUUAUCCUUGAUGAAUUUGAUAUACAGAUCUUUCUAAUAUGAUAUGAAAAUGAUUUCUGAUAACCAGAUCAACCUCAAAUUAUAUUUGGAAGUGUUUUAGUUAUAAAAUUAUUAUUGAAAUAUGUUAUCUUUACUAUAAAAAAAGAAAUAAAUUUGUUUUGUGUAUACAUUUUAGAAAGUCUCUAUUUGUAUUUGUGUAUGAGUUUGACAAUAUAUCCUAUUAUUUAUAAGUACUUUAACUUUUAAGAUUAAUUGUCUG